AUGCGAACUCGAUUUCUAAACACAGACUACUUUUCUUCUUCUCCGGUCGAUACCCUAAGCUUCCUAAAUCUUCCAGUCACUCACUUAGCUCCUCCUACUCCUCCGGAGCAAGAACUGCAUCGUCUCCUUCGCUUCUUCCAUCCUCUUGAAACGCUCUCUCUCCCGAUCGAAAGACCUCCUAUCGAUUCCGCUCUCUCCAAAUUCAUCUCCUCAGUGCUUCCUCAUUUCAUCGACUUUGAUUUUCGUGAUUUCUUACCUGAUCGAUUUCAUCAGUUGGUGUUCAAUUUGCAGAAGGAGGAGGAGAUAGAGAGAGGUUUUGGAACUGAUUCAGCUCAAGAGAAAGAUAAUGGGAAUAAUAAACAUUCGGAGAGGCUUGAAGUUAUACAAUUGGAAGCACCAGAGAUUGAUACAUUCAUGGAGAAUGUGUGCUUCUCUGACGAAGGGAUGCAACUCCUCUCUGAAGUUUCUGAGAUUGAGAAUGAUUUGGAUCUGCUCAGGCCUGAGAUUGAAAUGCAAUAUCCUGACAAAGUUCAAGAAUCAGUUUAUUCUGUUGAAGAUGUCACAUUAGAGUUUGACAUGGAUGAAAAAGCUUGUGCGCUGGAAUAUGAUGGUUCUGUUCAGGAGCAAGCACACUUUCAUCAUAACACAUUCCCUCUUUUAGAAGUUGAAGAGAUGAGUCUUCGAACUUUCACAAACCCAUCCAUGGAAGAUGAGUUUCUUUUAUUUCUUGAGCAUGUUGAGUCCAAAUGGGGUCAAGAAAAUAUCCUGCAUAUUGACGGGAACGAGCUAUUGGGUUCGAUGCACUUUGAUAUCUUAGAAUUUCUUUCAAAGCAUUGUCCAGAAAAGCAAUGCCUUGAACCUGAGCUGGCUUCUCUAGAUACAUCCCUGGGAAUGGACAUUAUAAGCAUGGUGGAAAUUCCACAGGGUCGUGAAGACUCUGCAGAUUGUCUUUCACCAAUGAACCCAGUUAUUUUUCAGGAAUUCAAAUUCCUUGAGACGGAUUCAUCUCAAUUUUACGAAGUCUUCUUUGAAAUGCAAUCAACAGAUGAACCACAAACAUGUGACUCGAUGUUCAGAGAAGAUAUGAAUUUUAAGAAUUUUGAUGAAUUGAUUGUUAGUUGUGAACUAACACUGGAAGAUGACACAUUCAAAUCUCUGCCUAUACCUAUUUUUUCUGAUCCUGACAAGAUAAGUUCGAUCUAUGCCAUUAUGAAGGAAAAACUAGCUGAACUCAAGCCACAACCCCUAUCUGCAUCCCAUGGGAUUUAUUUGGAUUGGCAUCUCUUGGAGGAGGAUAAUUACAACGGUAAAAAUUCAUCCAUAUAUCAAAAAAUGUUGGAGGAGUUGGAUUCACACAACAUUGAUUUUGAUAGGGAAUCCUUUGAUGGUGGAAAGUUGGUGAUUGACCUUGUUUUCUCUGAUAAUGGUUUGAGUGGGGCACAUAUGGAAGAACAUAAGGAACUGUUGAAUGUGAUUUCUGAAACUCCCAACAGUGGACUUGUGGAAGGUGCUUCAAGUGAGUCUUUGGAUAGACGUCAAGAAACAGGAAAUAGAGAAACAUUAAUUGGAGAAAAUGCCAGGAAGGCUUCAUUGUUGUUCAAUUCUACGUCGCAAUUCAAUGAUCUUGAUUAUUUCUUGAAUCCUGGGAAAGCUACUGCUAGGGGAAAAAAUGAAUCUACAGUCAAGAUUCCUGAUACUAGGGCUUCAUUUCCCAAGGGAAGCAAAUCUCAUUCAGUUCCUGGUAUGAAUGAGAAUAUCAACGACCAGAAAUUGGAGGAACUGCUAAAUCUUGCACCUAUUGAGGACAAGUUUAAUAUGACAUCUUCAGAAGCUGCAGAUAAAGCUGAAGCUUGCAGCAUCCCUUUGCAACUUCCUUAUGCACCCUAUGCAACAAAAACUGAGAAGACUCAAGGGGACAUGAUUUAUUUCCCUGACAUCGUCAUUAUUGUGAAUACUCAAAAUUUUGACAAGGAAAUGAUAGUAUCCAGAAGAAGUACAUACCAAAGAAUUCUUGCGAUGGAGAAAGAAGGAGCACAAGUUGUGGAGCGUGACUUGAAUCUGCCUGUUGACGUGAUUAUUAGUUCUUCCAUUUGCCUAGUGUGGUAUGAUUGUGGAAAUAUUGGAAAGAAAGCAACUGCUGCAGAUGAAGCUUCUUCAUGCUUGCCUCUGUGCAUUGAGAAUAUUGCUGCAAAUGUUUUGACAUUGCUGAGUUUCGCUUUCAGUGGCUGCAUUCUGGUCUUUGAGGGAGAAACCAGAUUCCUCUCUACUGUAAUGGAAUUCUCUGAUGGACUCUACGCAGCUGCAGCAAGCCUGGGAAUUGACCUACAGCUCUUUUCUUCCUAUUCAGCUGAAUUGACCGAUGAAAUUAUAUUAAACAGUAUUUUGUAUGCCACUAAGUCUUCCAGGGGCAGAUAUCCUAAAAUGCCUGAAUCAGAAACUCUUGCAGAAUCCUUCCUUACCAAAUUUCCAUCAAUUAAUCCACUGACAGCACAUGCAAUUCUGUCUUCUGGAGGCAUGCUUAUUGAGUUUCUUGAAUGGUCACAUGAACGCAGGAUCCUUGCAGUCCAACAGUAUCAUGUUCCAGUUGAAAGUGUUGCUCUGUUUAGUGCUUUGUGCAAAUAUGGUGAGCGGGAGGAUUCUAGAUCCAUAAUGACAGACUGUUCCUCCUCUGCAUCUUCUUGUCCUGACUCAGAUAAACUUCAUCUUCAUAUUGAUUCUGAAAGAAAACGAAGAAAAUGCAUAAAUAGCCUUCAAAAAAUUGACAUUCAAGUGGAUGACAUGUGGAAAUCUGAAUCACUGAACCAAUUCACUGAUGGUAUGCUGGAUCCUGGAGUGUUUAAGCAAUAUGAUUGUUGGACUUCAACAGAUCCCGAGAUGCUUGGUGAGUUGAAGCAACCUAGUUCAUCUUUGAAAGAUUUGUUUGGUCAAAAGCAGGUACCGGAUAUUGCUCCGGUGAUGGAUUUUCCUACUUCCAUAAAACCACUUUAUUCUGGAAACUUCAAAGAUCCUCUGAUUCGGGAUGACAGAAGACAGCCCAGGUUACCACUGAACGAUAUAUUUCUGGGUCAAAAUCGGGCAUCCGAAAUAAAUAUCAAGAAGGAGUUGAAGUUAGACAGUGGCAAUCCCUGUAAAUCUAACGCUAACAACCUGCAUGAAUACUUUAGAGGUGAAGUCAUAGACCUCACUGAUGAUCCCGUCUCGUUGGAGAAAGACGUUGCUUCUAUUGCUAACUCUACAUAUUUCUCACCUUGGAUGCCUGAUACUGAUAUCGAACAAGAUUCUGCAAGAAAGUCGAAAGCUGCAAGACGACUGUCAUUUGGUAAGAAUAGUCACCCUAAUAAUCCAACGGCUGCUGAGAAAAACUCUUGUCCAGAUUUAUGGACCCCUAUAGAAAGUGAUAGACAAAGGUUACCACAAAAUCGUGGUGAUCCAAUUAUAGAUGAUAAGCAUGAAAAAGUGCCUGUAAAACCCAGGAAAAAUCUCUUAGAGGAGGCUUUUACACUGAGAGCUGCAGGAAAAUCCACUAGGUUUCCAUUUGAAGAGGAGAUAUCACAUUGCGGUGGAAGUGGAACACCACUUUCUAAAGCCAUCCAUUCUGCUCAUCCACAACCAGGUUCACCCUGGACAAUAGAGUUUCUUAACAGAGUAAGGGAAAAGAGCAGAUUGCGGCAGCAGUCCCUUCCACCUGAUACAUGUACUCCAGAUUUUUGGAAUUCAGGAAAUACAUCAAAGGCUACUGAGAGAAGAAGCCUGUCUAUUCUUGAUUUUUUCAAGUACCAGGGAGGAAGCACUCCUAGAAAAGUAUAUGAGCAGAAGAAGCAGAAACAACCUAUUCAAUUGUCAAGUUCAUCCCAGAAGGAAAGAACUUCCGCAUCCCUAAUUCCAUCAUGGACACCCAAGGAUAAGAGAUCAAAACAGACUUUAUCCUUUGCAAUGGAUGGUGGAAACCAAACUAGGCUGGUCUGGAGUGAUGGAAGUGCCCACCGUAUGAGCAAAAAGCUCAGGAGAAAUUGAAGGGAAAGAAAGGUAUAGAUGUUUGGGUUUAUGUUGAUAAAGUUAUAUUUUGGUCCUUAAACAUCUGUACCAAUGCUAUGCUUUUCUUUAAAUCCUGUAACAAUGCCACCCUUUCCUGUGCUUUCUAUAAUAUUGGAAUAUCAUAACCUUUGCGUUCUGUAAAAA